AUGAACUUGGAGCGAGUGUCCAACGAGGAGAAGUUGAACUUGUGCCGCAAGUACUACCUAGGUGGGUUUGCUUUCCUCCCUUUCCUCUGGUUGGUCAACAUCUUCUGGUUCUUCCGAGAGGCCUUCCUCGUCCCAGCUUACACGGAGCAGAGCCAAAUCAAAGGCUAUGUCUGGCGCUCAGCUGUGGGCUUCCUCUUCUGGGUAGUCGUGCUCACCACCUGGAUCACCAUCUUCCAGCUCUACCGGCCCCGCUGGGGUGCCCUUGGGGACUACCUUUCCUUCACUAUACCCCUGGGCACCCCCUGA